GGAGUCAAACCCAUGGGAGCGGAAUCUCACCCUCACGAAGACGAAGGAGAGCGGUUCAGCCAUUCCCGUUUGAGGAGAGGGGUUUGGUUUUUCUCUCUCUUAUCCUCGAGGGCGGGGAAAUCCUUCGAGGAGAGAGAGUGAGGGCUGAAGAAAAGUGCUGUCUUUGCUUUGGGCUCACCGCUUUUCCACUGCCACCCACGAGAGCGAGUGAAAGAGAGAGAGACAGAGAGAGAGAGAAAAAAAAAACUGGCGGGAAAGCAAAGAGCUACCAUACUAGGGUUUAGCAACGGUUACGACGCGGAAUUCAAAAGGAGCAAGGUCCAAAUUUCACGGCCUUCCCCAAAGAACAGCGGCGUUAUGUCUUUGCAGAAUCCUUAGCACCUAGUGCCACAGGUUUUGAACUUCGUGUUUGGCAUAUAUGAGUAAGUUGACCUCGCCUUUGUUCUCCACAUGAGAUUUGGAGGCAUGGAGGAAUUCCAUAACUCUUUGGACAAUCGUACACGUGUACAGUUGAACGGCAGUUUUGAGGGUAAUAAUAAUUUUGAUGAUGGUUCGGAGCAUUAUAAGCAGUUAGUGUCACAAACAGAAACGUUCUUCGAUGAACUCUGCGAUAGGAUCACCGUUUCUGCCAUUGUCAAUGAAUCUGUUACUGAGGGCAUUGUCAAAGCUCUCAGUGAGGAAGCAAAUGAAUCAAUUUCUGUGAAGGACACAGAGAUAGACAAUCUGCGUGAUAAAUUGAGAAGCUACGAGUCUGAGAUAUUGAGGCUGAAGUACAGUUUGGAAAAUGGACAUGUCGAGAACGGAUCUCUUGGAGCAACUAGCAGCAGCAGCAGGAGGCAGCCAAAAGAGUCAUCGUUACUGAUGGCAGAUGCUAGUCAUAGUAAAACGGAUGAGUAUCUGCAGGAUGGGAGAGGAGGAGUUGAAAAAGAAUUUAAAGGGGUUGUCAGAGUCCAAGCUGAAGAACAAUGGAAAAAGAUUAUGAGAGGAAUGGCAGAUAUAAGAACUCUUGUUUCUUGCAAAUCUGUAGACCAUUUGAAUUUCAAUAACGGCACUGUUGUUAAUAAAUCGAGUUCAUUUUCAGAUUCUAAUGGUACAUUUGAAGCGGAAAGUGCAUCAUGCGAUUUGCACGAAGCAAGUGCAAGUUCUAAGUUAAGGAUGGUUUUCGACAAAAUCUCUAAGAUGGAGGAAGAGCUUGGUUCUCUAAGAGACAUAUCAGAUAAGGUAUUUCAGGAUAUGUAUGACGACUUUAUGUUGUCCAAGUCAACAUCAAUUGAGUGCCAGUGGAUGUGGCAGUUUCAAGAAGCAGUUAAUGCUGUUGUGAUGCAAGACUUUAUUCAAAGCAUUCAACAGCACUCUGAAGAAGAAUUGCAGAAGACAAAAGUAAUUAGCAUGCAACAUGAUGCUUGGUUGAGUCAAAUGGAGGCCAUCUCAAGUUUGCAUGAAGAAUUAGAGAAUAUGUCACAAACUUUAUUUGGUUUCGAAUCAGGAAGCCUCUUGUUGCGUGGUUCGCAUGAAGAUGAAGAAGCUAAUGGCCCAAAAAGAAUACAAAGGAAGGUCUUGGAAAACCGCAUACCAUCAGGGCACCAGGAGCGCAAUGCUUCUAUUGUUUCUUCUGAAGAAAGUACAAGUGGUAUAAGUGUUUCCAGUGAUGCUGCAGAAUUUGCUCAUCUUAAGCACAUGACAAGGGAAGAAUUGAUAAGCCAUUUCAAAGCUGAAAUGUUAAAGAUGAGUAGAAACCAUGAGUCUGAGUUGCACACAGCAACAGAGAAGUAUUUCCAACUUAAGAGAGAACUUCUUAAGGACAAGGGUUCACUCCAUACACGGAAAGAUAAAGAUCUUGAAGGCGUAAAGAAGAGGAUUUUAAAAGUAAUAGAUAAUCUUGAUAACAUAAUGAAGCAGAACAUCAAGUUCUCCUUCAUUUUUGAUGAUUAUAGGAGAACCUGUGGGUUAAUCAGUAAACUGACUAAGGAAAAUGAAAAUUUGAAAAGUGAACUUAGUGACAGGAAGAAGGAAAUUAGGCUUCUUUCUUCACAAGUUAUUGAUGCAAGGCAGAAACUGACACGUCAGUCCUCAACAGAAUUAAGCCUUCUGAAGCAGAUUAGGAGAUAUAAGUUUGAACUAGAAGAAUGUGAAAUGAAAGGCUUUAUCAUGAAUGAUGUAUAUAUCACAGUGCUUAAAGAGCUUAUUUUAGGCCACGAGUGUGAAAUAACUGAUUCGGAUCUUGCAGCUAUCAUUUUACAUGAACUUGGUGAACUUAUUUUGCAAGAAACUGUAAGAGAUGCUGGUACCUUUAUGAAGUUUGCAAUGGAAAGCUAUUGUGAAGCAAAGAAACUUGGAUAUAAAUUUGAAUCAUUAGCAGAAGAAAGAGGGGAAGCUAUAAGCAUUGAGAUGCAAGAGAAGGAGCAGUUGAAGGGGGAGAAAAAACUUCUCUUAUCUUUGUUGGAAGAAAAGGAAAAGUUGGAGCUGGAAGCAGUGUCUACCUUGACUAGACGACAGGAAGAGCUAAGUAUAGUUUCUCAAGAAUGUGAUACAUUAAGGCAUCGGAUACGUCAGCAGGAGAGUCUGAUUAUGGGUAAAGACCAUAAAUUGGCAACAAUAAGUAGGUCACUAGAGCUGGCUUCACAGCAGUUAGAUAAAUACAGCAAUGAUCUUAAAGUGCUAGAACAGAGACUAAAAUUAACAUCGGAUGAUUUACAUGAAGCACGUGACCAGAGGAUUAGGCUUGAACAUGCUGUCCAAGAAAAACAACAAACUGCUUUUGUGUUUUUGGAAAAAGAAAGAGAACAGAAGAAACAAUUGGAAGUGCUUUCCGAGUUUGUUACAAAGUGUUCAAAGGAAAUGAAGGAAUUUGAACGGAAUGUGGUUCAUACCAUUUCGUUGCACAAUUUAAGAUUUGGGAAGCUGGAUGAUACACUACGACCACUUAUUCAGCAAGGCAGCUUGCUUCGGAACAGAGGAGUAUGGUGCAAGAAGAUAUUUUCGGACCUUCAAAAAGCUGAAGCUGAAGUCGAUCUGUUGGGAGAUGAAGUUGAUACAUUGUUGAAUCUUCUUGAGAAGAUAUAUUUUGCACUUGAUCACUACUCCCCUGUUUUAAAGUAUUACCCUGGUAUUAUGGAAAUACUGAAGCUGGUUAAACAAGAACUAAGUGGCGAAAAAUCAACCCUAUCUCCUUUAGCAUCUCAUGAACUGGAUUGGAAGAGAUGAAUACUGUCAUUUAAGCCCGUUCCUACCCAAUAUCUACAUUUGGUGGCAGGCCCACCCGUUUGACAGUCACUAGUGUCUGUGGUGCCUUGUUGAAGUAUGUCAAAAGGUGAGGCUUGCAUCAGCAUGUGAUCUCGGUCAGUAUCUUGAAAAGCUUUGGCUUGUGAUAUUGGCAUCCAGAAGAAGGGAAUACAUUUGGAAGAAAAUGGAAGCGUUAUGCCGAAGUUCUGAUGGUCAAGGAGUCUGCUACGUAUUGCAUGUUAGGUUCAUUUGAGAAUUGAUGAUGUUUAUAUGGUUCCGAUGUUCUAUAGCUUUUUUGGCUUCAUUUGCUUGGGACGUAGUAAUUCGUGGUACUGCUUUUUCAAGCCCUCUACUGUGUAUCCACUCCGCCGGCAUUUUGUUCUGUUUUGUUACUGUACAGCAUUCAGAAAGUUUUUGCCUUUCUUGGGUUGAAGGAAGAAAGUGUACCCAUGAACAAUGAUAUCCAUUUUUUAUUUAUAGUCAUUCUUUUAUUAA